AUGGAGAUCUAUAGUAUCUCCCAGUCCCUCCCUGGCCACCCCGACUGUGGAACUAUCCAGAUCAUUUACAGCAUCCCCCCUGGGAUACAGGUAGAUGCACACCACACUCACACUCGCACUCAAACUCACUCACUCACUCACUCACUCACUCACUCACUCACUCACUCACUCACUCUCUCUCCAGGGUCCAGAGCACCCUAAUCCGGGGCAGUCAUACACCUCUAGAGGCUUCCCUCGCUUCUGCUUCCUCCCAGACAACGAAAAGGGCAGAAAGGUAAGCAGCUAACACUGCAUCUACAGUGGGGAGAACAAGUAUUUGAUACUUUUUAUUUAUUUAUUUUAUUUCACCUUUUAUUUAACCAGGUAAGCCAGUUGAGAACAAGUUCUCAUUUACAACUGCGACCUGGCCAAGAUAAAGCAAAGCAGUGCGAUAAAAACAACACAGAGUUACAUAUGGGGUAAAAAACAAAGUCAAAAAUACAACAGAAAAUAUAUAUACAGUGUGUGCAAAUGUAGCAAGUUAUGGAGGUACACUGCCGAUUUUGCAGGUUUUCCUACUUACAAAGCAUGUAGAGGUCUGUACUUUUGAGAUAUUCAUGUUUAUUUAAAAUUAUCCAUAAAUUAAUGUAAAAUGUUAUUCUUAAUCUAAGCACUACUCAUAUUUCAGACUGGCUUUGUAUCAUCUACAGACUCAUCGUAGGCCUGGGUAAUGCCAAAAUGUCACAUUUUCCAGUUCAAUCAAUUAUUUAUCAAUAAUAAUUUUGGGUAGACUUCAAAGGUAUGCCAAACAUCCUUCCCCCAAAGGACAUUUCAAUGCAUUUAAUUUCAGGAAUAUCAUAGAUAUCUUUAGGCCCAUCUCGUAUGGAAUUGCCCACUACAAACUUCCGCUAACUUUGGCCACCGCUAGCUAAAAGUCCAUGGCAGUGAUGGGGGCAUGCGGAACAUGUAAUCUCUAAUUUCAUGUCUAAUUUCAUGUCAGGUGCUGGAGCUGCUGAAGGUGGCGUGGACACGGCGCCUCAUCUUCACGGUGGGAACGUCUAGCACCACGGGCGAGCCCGAUACGGUGGUGUGGAACGAGAUCCACCACAAGACGGAGAUGAUGUCCAAUGUGUCGGGCCACGGCUACCCGGACCCCAACUACCUGGACAACGUGCUGUCCGAGCUGGCCUCCCAGGGGGUGACCGACGACUGCCUCCUCAAACAGGAGGGCCCCAGCCAGGGAGGAGCGUCAAACUCUAGACUGUGA